ACACACACAAACACGCACUCACAAGUCGACAUUUCCAAGUUGCGAGAAGACGACUUUUGUUUGAGUCUCACUCACUCCUCCAUAUUCUCCCAUCUCUCUCUCUCUCUCUCUCUCUCUCUCUAGAACUUGAAAUGGGUUCGAGCACCAGUCGCCUGGAACGCCGCCCAUCUGAUUGUAGACCCAAUCGCACAAGGCGCUUGCUCUCUUCUCUCAUCUGUGGUUCCUCCACUUCUCAAUCGCCCUCAGAGAUGGAAGAAUAUGCAGACAAAUCUCUCAUAAGCUCGGUAGAAAAUUUUCCUCCUGCUAGCGAUGAAUCGCGUUGCUCCUGUACAGAAUUGUCCGCAAGACCUGAUUCAGAGAGUGGAUCUGAUGAUACCAAAACUGAAGUUGGAGCCUCAUCUGGAAGCAGUACCGGUUCCUUUGAGGACAACUUUGCUCAAUAUGGUUUGAGAAAUGAUACUGAGGUAAGUAACCCAUGUAAAACCCUUUCGGAGAGCAAAGAAUCAGUUUCUCAUCCGGUAAAACAGCAAUAUCUAGAGUCAAUUUCUGCUAAUAGUUCAGAAAACCAAACUGUGUCUGUGAGUCCGGAGGACAUAAAUUCAGGCAGUGUGAUACAGGAGCAUCCUUCCGAGAAUCAGCAAGUUGGGAAUAAUGAGAAUUCUGUCGUGGCCCCAAAUACUUCUGCGUCUGGCUCUCUUUCCGUUAUUUCUGAUUCUGUAUUGAGUCUUCAUUGGUUUGGAGAUGACAGUAAUCAACUUGCAAUCCCUACUGAUCAAGAUUUGACUUUGAGAACUGGCGGUUUACUUCAGGUAGAUGUGGUGAGUAUCUCAUCCAACAUUUUGUCUAGUAGCAUUGCUGAAAUAAGUAACCGUGAGGCAAGGAGGAAUAGUAGGAGACUAUUUUGGGAUGCUUUAUCGAGACGCAGUUUUAGGAGGCAUAAUAAUGAUUCCCCCACUAUAGUUUUCACAACUGGCCAUGCUGAUGAUCUGGGAUCUCAUGACAGAUGGUUACUUGACUUGAGUGGUGAUCUUCAUUACGAUGGAGUCAGCCGUGAGUCUGAAUACUUCGGUAGUAGAAGGCAUCGCCGGAAUGAACGACGGCGGCAACUAAGAUCUGAGAUCUCCGAAAGAAUCCGAAGUGGCCUAGAUGAGGGAGGUCGGCAAACUACUUUCUGUGCAUCUGGGAUCCACCCUGAUGGCACUUGUUCAUGUGAUUCACUCUUCAUGGGUGAAGAAUCGAGUACUUUUGCAAGUAUUUCACGGAUAGUCAUGCUUUCCGAGGCUUUGUUUGAGGUUUUGGACGAGAUUCAUCGCCAACCUUUGUCUCUUUCGCUAUCCAUGCUCUCUGUCCCAGCUCCAGAGUCUGUUGUAAACUUGUUUCCCGUCAAGAGUCACAAAAGGUCAUGUGCAACUGAAAGUGAAUCUAGUGAUGUGGAACAGUGUUACAUUUGUUUGGUCGAGUAUGAAGAAGGUGACAAAAUCAGAGUUCUUCCUUGCCACCAUGAGUAUCAUAUGUUGUGUGUUGAUAAAUGGCUUAAAGAGAUACACGGGUAUGUCCUCUUAUCUGUAUUUGCUUGCUUGAUUGGGGUUAAUGCCAUACGGAUAAAAGAUAUAUACACAAAUUUGCACACGAUUGAGUUUUGCAGUGGUAACUCUUAUCACAAGUAAUUUCCGUUGCACCAAAAAAAGAAAACUCUCACAAGUAGCCUGUAAAUCAAGAUGUCUUUUAAUUGUGCAAAUGUCACUGCCACGUUACUAUGGUGAAUGAUUGUGUGAACAAGUUUUUGAAGAAUAGCAUUUUGCUUUUAUUUUAAGCAGUUUUCUCUUCCAGUAAAUUGAUUAUUCUUUUUCUUUUGGCUCCUCUGGUAUUGCCUUCAGUGUAUGCCCACUCUGCCGACACAACGUUUGUGAAGGUGUCAACGCUGGUUCUACAUCAAAUGCUGAAAUUCCAUCUUAAUGAUUCAGGUGUACAUGUCCAUGUAAAUAUGUCAACUUAAUCCAUGCUUGUCACUUUUUACCUGAAUUACUUUUUCACUUGGCAUGUUGCACCCCUAUAAUAUAGCUUAUAGGUAAGAAGAUGUAUCCUGUAAAAUUUGCAAUUAUCUUCAAUUCGACUGUUUGAGAUAGUUGCUAACCAUACUGGUUGACGGUUGAUUUGAGCCUUA